AUGCGGAACUCAUAUAUUAGAUUCCUCAUUCUAGCCGGCCUUGGUUUGUUCAGCCAGUGGGCUAUUAUGAUCAUGAAUGGCUCCUUGCGCCUCAUGCUCCUGACCGCCUGGACGAGUAUUUUCCCCGACGUCGAUUUGGCCCUUCGCGUGCUCGUGGCUUUCUUCGGAGCCAUUCUCAACGUGGUUGAGUCCCACGAGUUCGGGCCUUAUUUGUGUUUAGUUGAUCUAAUCACCACUAUUGUUGUCUUCGGCAUGGUGUUCUUAGUCGAGGAUCAGUGUGAUAGGGGGAAGGGCGCGCUGCGAUAUCCCACUUGUUGGCAGAUGUUGCUUUAUUUCUUCGGUGCUGCCUCAAUCGUACUCAUCUACAUGCGGCUGUAUCUCAAAGACCGACUCUCCCCACGUCUCGAAGUGCCGCAUGACCAGGCACGAGCCUUGCCGUUCACAGCACUAUGGUGUUCAGUACUCUCUCUUCCCCUCCUUGUUCCUGUUGCCCUCGGAGCCAGCCUAUCACAGAUUUAUAUUGGCAUAGUAGUCUGGUUGUUCAGUCCAGCGACGGACCUACUAAGCAGCCUCAUGUCGAAGAGCAAUGAUAUUCGCUCGUCGGCAAAGGAAGCGGCUCAGCCUAUCGCUAUCGCUUACGGCAUCGUGGGAAUAUUCAGUGCGGUAGUCCAUUUCUGUAUUGUCGUGUUUACUUUUGUGUCUUCUGACCUUACGUGGAGUGACAUCUACUGGCCGAUCCGCGGAGUACGGAGCGGUCCAAGUCUCAUGACCGAUGGUGCCCUGAUAUUCAUACAAUCCGGUUACCACUCCCUGUCAAUAUGUGUGCUCGCUCUGGGUUACUACUUCUUGAAGACCGAGAACUUGUCUGCCACCAGCUCGCUCCUUGGCAGUUUACAUGGCUGGAGGGCCCUGUUGGCGCAUACAGCACUUAUAGCUAUCUUCGGUCCUGGGGCUGGGUUGGCUUUGUUGCUCGGCAGGAAGGAAAUAACAGCAGCUUCUACAAUUGCGCUCAGAAAAGGGAACUAG